UUUGACUUUUGACAGCCUUUAGCGCAUCUCUGAAGUUUGUCCCUCGCCAGUCGCCGUUUAAGCCUGUACGUGGCAGUCAGAGAGCCGAGGCUCCUCUCCUGCAACAAUCCACUCAUAACACCCCGACAUCCUGCACCGCUACAGGACGCACCGAGGCCAGGAGGCUCUUUAUACCCCCAGACUUGCUGUGACGGUCGCUAACAGAAAGUUUUUCCACCAUGUUUACCGUGUCGGAGCUGGUUGUCUUGCUGGCCGUCCUGUCCGCCACCGCGUCCGGCUACUUCGUUAGCAUAGACGCCCAUGCCGAGGAGUGCUUCUACGAGCGGGUCAACUCCGGCACAAAGAUGGGCCUCAUGUUCGAGGUAGCCGAGGGAGGCUUCCUGGACAUCGAUGUGGAGAUAACAGGGCCUGAUGGUAAGCAGAUUUACAAAGGCGACAGAGAGUCCAGCGGGAAAUACUCUGUGGCGGCACACAUGGACGGAACCUACAAGUUCUGCUUCAGCAACAAGAUGUCAACCAUGACACCCAAGAUCGUCAUGUUCACGAUUGAUAUCGGAGAGGCACCUAAGGGCCAGGACAUGGAGACGGAAGCGCACCAAAACAAGCUGGAGGAGAUGAUCAACGAGCUGGCAGUUGCUAUGACUGCUGUAAAGCACGAGCAGGAGUACAUGGAGGUCCGUGAGAGGAUACACAGAGCAAUCAACGACAACACAAACAGCAGAGUGGUGCUGUGGUCGUUCUUCGAGGCUCUGGUUCUGGUGGCAAUGACUCUUGGACAGAUUUACUACCUGAAGAGAUUUUUCGAAGUACGACGAGUGGUUUAGUGCGAUUUAAAAAACAAAACAUAAAAAAAAAAGGUCCUUCUGUCCUCCGCUGACUCCUCCAACACCAAGACAGUUAUUUACACUCUGGAAAGAAAUGAGACUGGCAGAUUUGAGUAAAAAAAAAAGCCUACAUGUGAUCGGAUCUCAGAUGUUUUGUUCUCCUGUUACCUAUUUGGUUCCUUUAUAAAUGUGAUUAGUGUUUGUUUGGAACGAAUGGCCAAAAGAUUCUGGGAUUAGAUGUCAUUUUUUUUUUUUCUUUUUUUUUUCGUCCAAUAUUGUUUGAUAAUUACAGUUCAAUUCCUUGCCAGUACAGUUUGUGUGUGUGUGACUGAGGCUCAUAAUUUUAAGUGAAGGCAGUCAAAUGAAAGUGAUGCACAUAAAUGAAUAGGCAUGUGUGGAGUUCCCACAGGAGAAUGUAAAGAUUUAAAUGGGACACUGUUCAAAUUAUAAAAAAAAGAAAGCAUAAGAUUUUUGUCUGAGACGCAGAAUGGUUUUGUUUCCAGUGUCAAAUCAGACGAUGUACUGGGAGAUAUGUGAUAUCUGUACACUGUGUUCAUGCUCUCAAACAACAAAUUGCACUCCUGCUGAAUACAUGGAAGUAUCUGAAGGAUUUACACUGCGGCUGAUCUUUAAGGGAAACUGUUCAGCUUCUAGCUCUGUCUGUUGAUUUAUAGCUGCGGGGGGGAACGGGGGCUUCAGUGGACAUCUUUUGCGGGGAAACGCGGUGUGGCUCACCGAAACAGGCGAAGGGGUUUCUCAGCCUAAAGAGUUCACAAGCUGUUUUAAUUUUUACACUUAAAUUUGACUUCCACGGUAAGAUCUUGAAGAGCUGAGGCGGGGUUUUGGAUUUUUAACUGAACUACUUUGGAGUGAAACUCUGAGGCGAAGUGUAGAGAAAUACUGAAAUACAUGUUACAUGUUGAUUUGGGUUGGUGGGUGGCUGUGGGGGGGGCUGACACCUAAUGACUGCUGUGUGCUUUAGUUGCUUCUAUUAUAGCUCUUUUGUUGGGGUUAGGGAUUUUAAAUUAUAUGAUUGUAUACAAUUUUGAACAGCUUGUUUUUCUUUCUGGAGCAUAUCCUGUGACGUGCAACCGUUUGGUUCAUGCCUUUCAAAUUAAAAUCUUUCACCUUAAAGGUAAAUAAAACAAACUCCACAUCUAGCACACGGACGGCUGCAGCGCCGGACUAGUUGCACGUCACUGAAUUUGCUCCAGUUUUGUAUUAAAAACAAUCUUUGAGCUCUGGCAGGAAAACUGCUCUGUACACAGUCUCUCCUUUUUGUGAUUACAAACAACGAAAAUCUGAUAAAUGGAUCUGUACAAAUGUAGAAUGGUUGUCUGUGGAAUAAAAGCCCCAGGUUUCAUAAUAAAGCCAAUAUUCUGUACAAUUA